AUGGCAACACAUUCCUUUGUUUCUUGUUCUUGCUAUGUAACCUUCGUGUUCCUGACGAUUUCCAAAGGAAUAUUGGGGGGUACAUUCACUUUCAAAAAUAGGUGUGAUUACAUGGUAUGGCCAGGGAUAUUAUCAAGUGCCGGAAGUACACCAUUAGAUAGCACCGGGUUCGAACUCAGCCCGGGUGAAUCACGCUCCUUCCAAGCCUCACCCGGUUGGUCCGGUCGAUUUUGGGGUAGAACCGGCUGCACCUUCGAUGCAAGUGGUCAAGGAAGUUGUGCCACCGGGGAUUGUGGCUCCAACCAAAUGUCAUGUAACGGAGCCGGGGCGACCCCUCCAGCAACCCUAGCAGAAUUCACAAUUGGGUCAGGGUCUGGACCAAGCACCCAGGAUUUCUACGAUGUGAGCCUAGUAGACGGCUACAAUUUGCCGAUGGCGGUUGAUGCUAGUGGUGGAACAGGUGCGUGCGGUACAACAGGGUGUGUGACAGAUUUGAACCGAAUGUGUCCCACCGAGUUACGUGCAGGAGAUGGACAAGCAUGCAAAAGUGCUUGUGAGGCUUUUGGGAAUCCGGAAUAUUGUUGUAGUGGGUCAUUUGGAUCGCCAGAUACUUGUCGUCCGUCUGUUUAUUCGGAAAUGUUUAAAUCCGCUUGCCCAAGAUCGUAUAGCUACGCUUACGAUGAUGCUACGAGUACGUUUACGUGCACCGGUGCGGAUUAUACGAUUACAUUUUGUCCCGCAUCGACAAGUCAAAAAUCUUCCACGGAUUCAUCGGUACCGACCUCAACCGGAACAACAACGAAUGGCUCACCAGAUCCGAAUGGGUCAUCAUGGCUGCCAAGUUUCACCAUUGGAGGAUCAUCAAGACCAAAUUCCGAUAAUGCCCUCCUAUUGACACUAAUUUCAUUUAUUGCCCUCCAUUUUUUCCAUUAA